CGAACGACGUCGUUUCGAAAAAGCCGAUGGAAGACCUGGACGACGAGCCCUCACUCCAUGCCGACGAGAAUGGCUUGAUCAACCUCAGUCAAGGUGCGUGGGUCCGACUGGACGAGGUCAUUUGGUCGCAAGGGGAUCGGCUCUUGACUCUGAUCGUGGAAGCCAACCAGUUGGUCGAACUGCCGGCCGCCCUCGGCAACCUCGCGCUGUUGCGUGUGCUAAACGUAGCCCACAACAAACUCACGUCCAUCCCAGACGAGAUCGGACAAUGCGCUCAACUGCUCGAGCUCAACGCACAGCACAACUUCAUCAAAGCCGUUCCAAAAGGUAUCCAAAGGUGUGUGAGGAUAGAAAAGCUCCUGUUGAGCUACAACAACCUCAAGACUCUGCCUCGGGAGAUGCACAAGCUGCACGAGAUCCACACCAUCGACGUCCGGUUCAACCAGCUCACGACGUUGCCCGAAACGCUCAGCGAGUGCCCGAACCUGACGACCCUCGCCUGCGAAGGCAACAACGACUUGGUGCAAAUUCCAGAAUCCCUGCGCGACAAUUCUCGGCUGGUGCUGUGGAUCUUGCAGCGCCUUCGAGAACACGCGGCGGAAAUCAAGUACAUCACCGACAUCAACAACAACCUCGAACAAGCCGCGCGCCUCGCCGACGACGAAAAGCUCAAACUCAAAGAAGAGAUCUUGCGCCUUGAGCGAGACAAGCAGCUGCUGUGGAGCGAACGACCUGUCCAUUACCUGAAACUCAAAGGCCAUGUCAAGAAUGCCGCCGCCAAGACGGCCAAAACCACCAGCGAAGUGUGUCUGCUCAUGUAAAGACAGUUCCAAACACCUUGUUAUAACGUUACUGGUAACUACUACUACGUAGUAGUACUAUAACGUUAGUACUUGCGUACGACAUAACUUAGUCUUAUUGUCCUUUGACCCAAA